AUGGCCAAAAAUGUAGAUUUACGCCCCACGCCCCCAAGCCCCACCCAAAUUCCAUUUUGCCUCUUUCACAAAUUGCAUUUUGAUGGCCUAGAGGAGAAGAAUGAGGAGGAGGAGAAGAAUGAGGAUAAGAAUAGGGAGGAGGAGGAUAAGGAGGAGGAGGAGAAGAAUGAGGAGGAGGAUAAGACUAAGGAAAAGACUGAGGAGGAGGAGACUGAUGAGAAGAAGAAGACUGUUGAGAAUAAGGAGGAGGAGAAGACUGUUGAGAAUAAGGAGGAGGAGAAGACUAAGGAGAAGGAGAAGACUGUUGAGAAUAAGGAGGAGGAGAAUAUGAAAGAAAUGACUCCAUCAAAAUUUCUUGGAAAACAAUUUCGGAGAAAAAAGAAGUCGAAACUAUUGGGGGACUACACCGACCCUAUGGGAAAGGGUUUAAAAUCAAUGAUCCAGUUACGGUUAAUCCUCUUUUACAUUAUGACGAGGAAAAUAUGA